UUUCCCCGUUAGCGUUGCGUUAACGGAAACUAAGUGCGGCCUUUCUUUUUGUCUUUCAGUUGCUUCUUUGGAGCUCCUCGAAGAAUCAAAUCUUUAAUUUCCCCUUUCUCAAUUUUCGAUUUCUCUUUUGAAAUUUGGGAUUUGUUUUGUUUGCGAAUUUUGACUGAAAAACCCUAGAAGCUCGACAACUUCCGUUUCCAAGCUCAAAUACAUUUCACUGUUUUCGGUUUUUGCCUUUUCGAAUUUGAUCUGAAAACUCUAAGUUUGAAAGCUUAAAUUUCAAGCUUGGGAUUGUAAUUUCACUGUUUUAGGUUUGUUGGACCUAAUCAGUAGCUAAAAUUCCCAAAUUUCAUUGUUUUUGGUAACGAUAAUUCGUCCAGUUGAUUUGUGCUAUGAAGAAGCUGUGAUUGUUUCAGAGGAAUAGCAGAAAAAGCAUUCAAAUUUCGUCGAAAUGUCGGUCGAGAGCCCCUUCGAAGCAUGGGAGGAGGUACAGCGCCAUGGGCAGGACUUGGCGGACCGCCUCACGCAGGGCUUCACGGGUUUAAUUCAGUCCCACAUCACUCCGCCGUCGUUUCAUUGGCCAAACCCUAACACAUCGAAGCUCUUCGACCUCGAAUUCCCGAACCAGAGUUUUGGCAAGAGGGAUUUUGUUGGCUUGGUGGCUGAGAACCCGGGCAUUAACGGGGUUUCUGCGAUUCUUGAUAUCGGUAACAGGAUUGGGCAAGCCGGGGCGGAUUUUGGGGCGUGCUUGAAUGGGAUGCUUCAGCAGUUCUUUAGGGCCUUACCCGUGCCGUUUAGGCAUGAUGAGAAUGUUGAUUUGGCGGCAAUUCGGAUUGAUUCGGGUAAGGCUAAGCACAGAGCUGAUAUGAUUUUGAGUGGCAAGGAGGAUUUGGGGCCGUUGAAGGAACGGUUGAAGGAUUUCAGGGUUGUGGAGAGUGAUGGUGGCUCUGAUGGUGUGGUGGAUGAGGAACUUGGUGGCUUGAAUCUAAGGUCUGCUGGUCUUCUGGGUAGACCACUGGGGACUGUAAAUACCACAACAAGUUAUGAUACUAGAACCCGUAAGCUGGAAAGUUCUUUCCUUGCAAAGGGAGACUUAUGGAGAGUAGAGGCGUCUAGUGGCAGUUCCACAUCUAGAAAUGACAAUUCAUCACUUUUCCUUGUCCAGCUUGGGCCGUUACUCUUUGUUCGUGAUGCAACUCUUCUUCUUCCAGUGCAUUUGUCAAAGCAACACCUGCUUUGGUAUGGCUAUGAUAGGAAGAAUAGGGUGCAUUCUCUUUGUCCGGCUGUGUGGUCAAAACACAGAAGGUGGCUCUUAAUGUCAAUGGUCUGCCUGAAACCAUUAACUUGUUGUCGGCACUAUUAUUGUGUCUAUGGCGUUGGUUCUCAUGAUCACUCUCUCUGUGCCCAGUCGUUUGUUGAUUUACAGUUUCCAAACGGGCAGUUUACAUAUAUAUCUGGUGAAGGACUUAGUACAAGUGCUUUCUUACCUCUUUGUGGAGGCCUUCUACAAGCUCAAGGUCAAUAUCCUGGAGAAAUGAUAUUCAGUUUCUCUCGCAAGAAUAAGUGGGGAACACGCAUCACACCCAUGAUACAAUGGCCAGAUAAGUCUUUUACACUGGGUUUUUCGCAAGCCUUGGCUUGGCAGCGAUCUGGUCUUAUGGUGAAGCCCACAAUUCAGUUCAGUUUAUGUCCCACUAUUGGUGGAAGCAAUCCUGGUUUGCAGGCAGAGCUCAUUCACUCAGUGAAGGAGCAGCUGAAUCUUAUAUGUGGUGGUGCAUUUACAGCACAUCCUUCUGCUUUUGCUUCAAUAUCGGUUGGCAGAUCCAAAUGGAAUGGAAAUGUUGGGGACUCGGGGAUCGUUUUAAGAGUGGAUACUCCUCUUUCCAAUGUUGGUCGACCAUACUUCUCGAUUCAGUUAAAUAAUGUUCUUGAAUUUUGAUGGCUUAGGUCCCAACAGAGUGCAAAAUGCAAGUGUAUAUAGUCAGUCUCAAGCUCAAAAACACCCACCACAUGUGAAUAUGUGAAUCAUGUUCUACUGCUAAUUAUACUAAUGUUACCUGUUUUUUCUCCACUGAGACCUUUUUUGUUUUCUUUUAAUUUUUUUUUUUUCAAUUUUUUUUGCUUGUAAUGUUCACUAAUUAAAAUUUUUGCCCUUCUGGAGAGAAAAGUCUUUUCACUAUGUGCGGCGCCUUCA